CAAGUCACCAUUUGAGCGAUUUCAUCGAUGAAGAGAGACAUUGCGGAGUUGGUUAUCGGACUACCAGUUGUAUAGCAAAACGUUCUAGGAACGUAUUACUAUUCCUACGCUUUUGGGUGUUACCGUAUUGUUGAAGUGAAACGAACUGUGGAUUCGUCAUCCAAUCAUGUUUUCCUUGCAUUGGUCUAUUUUGGUUCUGUGCGUCGUACCGGUGGUGCUGGGCAAUAGCUGCGAUUGGAUUGAUGGACCAAAGUCUUGGAGAAACAUCGGAGGGAAGAAAAUGGCCCAAAUCUCGGUAGGCCCAGCUGGUGUGUGGGGUAUUAAAAAAAACGCCUACCAAGUACUGUACAGAGAAAAUACCUACGGUAACGACCAAAAUAAAGGGGAUUCUUGGAGGCCAGUUGGUAAUGGGUUCAAGCAAGUGGAAGUGGGCGGCUAUAACCAGGUCUUUGCCUUGGGUAAAGGGGGUAGGUUGAUUUUUCGGCAGGGCAUAUCCGAGACUAAUCAUACAGGAGACAAGUGGGUGCUUGUCUCCAAAACAGCGAGGUUUAGAUACCUCAGCGUAAGCCCGAAGGGACACGUCUGGUUGAUUAGUGCCAAUAACAAGGUCGUUCGCAUGGGAGGGGCAAACAGCUGUGUCAAGAGGUUUAAGUUUAUUGCGGAGUCGAUAAACUACAAAUCCCCAUUUGUGAAAAUCUCGGCUGGUAAGAGCGGCGUUUGGCUUAUCACCAAGAACGGUCGGGUGUUCUUCCGAGGCCAUACCUACGGCGACCCUGAAGACCUGCCAGCCAAGAUCGCCUAUAGAAGCAUUGGACGUUUUCCCAUGAAGGACAUCAGUUCUGGUAAUACUGUCUACGCCAUCAAAGCUAACAACGAUGUCGUGUACCGUUUUGGAGUGACCCCGCAGAGACCAUUUGGCACCGCCUGGAAGACAAUUCCUGGGAAGUUGGUUCAGCUCGAUACCAUGGCACUGUCUGUGUGGGGCAUCGGCAUCGACAACACUCCCUACGCAAAAGCAACCGAGUGAUUUCAUCAACCCUGUGAGGCGGAGUUAAAAACGAACGUCAAUUGGCACACAUUUGACCGCAUUCUGACUCCGGUUUUGACACAUUAAUGAACAGGUGAAGGGUUUUGAGCUCUAGCAUUACCACUACAUUUGAACAUUU